CUCUUUUUUUGUUCAUUUUCAUUAUGGUGUCCCCUGGUGCCGUUCGCUUUGUCCAAGUGCUCUCGGUGCUCUCGUGCAUCGGUGUCAUUGUCUGCGGCAUUCUGCAGCUCAAGAACGGCGGGCUCGGAAGCGGAUCCAGCCUCAAUCUCCAAUACUGCGAAACUUCACCGACGGAAGCAUGCUGGGAAGAUAACUAUGGGCCCAAUGCUGGUUACGCCAUGACCCUGUAUGGCGGUGUGCUCGUUGCCUUUGGCUGCAUCCUCUUCAUGGUUGGCGCUCGUAGCGAGGGCUGGUUCCCUGCUCUUCAGCCCUGGCGGUACUGCGGUGUGGCUCUUCUUGGCACUGGCAUCUGCACGCUCGGAUCCGCUGCUAACCUCGGCAUCAUUCUCGGCGGCUUUGCCAUCCUUGUUGGCCUCACCAUGUUCCUCAUGGCUGUGAUUAGCAACGUCGAGUACGGCAUGGAGCCUGGCAAGGAGCCCUGGAUUCCGCUUGGCAUCAUCACUUUUGUGCAGCUCAUGGCUGCCCUCUGGGCUAUCGGCGCCAUCGCUGUCGGCCUCAUGUGCAUCAUUUCUCAGGCACGCAACGACACCAAGCUCGAGUGGUGCAAGACCCAAUCUGGUCAAGACGAUGAAGUCUGCUGGACUCAAACAUACAACACCAAGUUUGCCUACUGCUGCUACGGCGCUGGUCUCAUGAUCUUUGGCGCCAUCGCGUUUAUUGCCACUAUUCGCUUCAAGAACUGGUUCCCGUCGCUCUACCAGUGGAAUGUCCUGUCGCUCGUCCACGUUUUCGUUGGUGUCAUUUCUCUCGGUGCUACCGGCAACACUGGCAUCAUUCUUGGAUCGCUGGAGAUUGGAUUUGGUGGCAUCAUGAUGCUCAUGUUCAUCUUCUUCUCGGUCACAUCCGGCCCCAAGUCCCUCUAAACCACCAGGGAGUGAAUGCAGUUUGGAGAAAACUCGACUCGAUAGUUGUUACGCCUUUUUGUUGUUUUUCCGUUUUGUUGGCGACAGUGUGCAUGUGGCUUUAUCAUUGUCAUAUCAUUGUCAUAAAUCUUCAAAUCUCGAAAUACUUGCUUCCAUUCUGGCCUUUGGAUUGAGAAUGAAACUAACGAAAAAC